CUUCCUCCUUUCUCUCAACUCCAUCUAAUAAUACAACAACCAUCCAGCUUCCACGACGAGUUCGAAAUCGACGCUUUUUCCAACAAGAUUUGCUUAUAUAAAUUGAAAGUAUCUAAACUCGGUAGUGGAAUAAUGGUUUUCUUUAGGUCGCCAUGGUGCGAAAAAUCCUGAUCCUCGCAGGUGCACCGGAAACUCAUAAACUUAACUGGGAUGAGUCAAACCUCCUUAACAAAUUCUUGGAUCCCAUCGCAAAAUUUGCUCGCAUUGAGGACACACCGAAUCUAGUAACCACGGAUGAGGUUCUAGGAUCCGCUCUAGAUGUUGCUCUUUGGCGAUCUAUACCCUUGGAGAAAACAACCUUACCAACCGGUUUCUCCCAGCUUCAUCAAAUAACGUCCGAUUACCGUGGAGAUGAAGGCUUCUUCACGGCCUUUACCGCCUCUCAUGAGUCUACCUCCGACUUGGCAGAUACUAGUAGAAUGAGCCAGGAAAUACUAGACAAAUUCUACGACCAUUCUCUUGCUAUCCAUAAUGAUAUACCAUCGUCCCAGCUACCGACUUUGAGCUUGAGUACCGACGAGUCUUCGUUGAACACCACUGAGGAUAUGAGUACGUAUUUAUCGACGCAGGGUAGUAGUUCUUCUGCCCGUCAAAACAAACAAUUGCUUCCUCAAUUAGGUCAUUUGAGCGAUCUUGAAGAUUUACCAGCUGGGCCGUAUCUCCAAUCCAUCUCGCCCCAGACGAUGACGGUUAAUCUCAUAGUCGGCAUAAUAUCCAUCGCAGAGCCACGUACUGUGAAAACUAGAUGGGGCGCAACAAGAUCUCUCGUUGAAUUACUUGUCGGCGACGAGACAAAGUCCGGUUUCAGCGUCAGUUUCUGGCUAUCGGCAGAAUCCGACGAAUCCUCAGCUAAGACCCUUAAGGAGCUUCGUAGACAGGAUAUCGUGCUUCUCCGUAAUGUUGCGCUGAGUGUUUUCAUGAAGAAAGUACAUGGACACAGUCUGAGGAAGAGUCUCACCAAGAUUGAUCUUCUCUACCGGAGGAAGUUGGACAGAGCUGAUCGAGGCGGUUUAUACAUCAUGAGGGAUGUCUCGUCGAAGAAGCCGGCACACCCGCAGUUACUCAAGACUCGAAAGGUAUGGGAGUGGGUUAUGAAUUUUGUUGGUGGCGGCGGUACGGCUCUCGGGAAGAGGAAGCAGAAAGGAAGACCAAUAAGAAGUUGGGAUAUGCCGCCGGACGAUACUUUGUGAGUUAAUUCAUAAAGAUAGCGCAUCGACGAUAGCUGUUUUUUCUCAAAAUUAGGAUGAGAGAUGCAGGUUUCAGGCCAAGACAGCACUUCAAUCCAAAUAGCCGGAAGUCUUCCCCGUGAGUAUAUGCCUUGUCUACCUAGGCAGAUAUAUCCUAGCCAACCAAACCAAUUAGAUUGGGUUGAAGGAAGUAUAACGCUCUAUACUCCAUACUCC